AUGCUAGCCCAGCAGGCCGCUCCCACCGCCGCCCGCGGCGGAGGCAAGGCGGCAAAGGGUGGCAAGGGCGGCGGCAAGGGCGGUGGCAAGGGUUGUGGCCGUGUGGCGCACCAGAACCACUUUGCGCCCGCGCCCUCAACGCCGGAUACUCGGCUCGUGGCGAUGGAUGCGUCAGACCCGUCUUGCGCCGCCGCCCUCAACGCCCGAUACUCGAUCAGAGCCGGCGGAGCGACGGCGGCGGAGUUGCGGCCGCCGGCGACCUUCCCCUCGACCACGCCGCCGACCCGUGACAAGCAAUAUGGGCCCCCGGGGGCCCUCUACAGCAGCGGCGAAGUGAGCGUGUUUGUGGUGUUGGUGUGGCGUCUGAGCUUGGAUCUGUGA